CAACAAAAGCCAUGCAGAGGGACGCGCAAUCAACGAACUCGUAGCUGUCAGUUUACCUGCUAUGUGAAUAAGCGAACGGAGGGUAACACACGCUUGUUUUGUAGUCACAUAUAUUGCGUUGUAGAAUUGUCCUGGGACCGAGGAAUUACACACAGCUGUGACGAAGUGAAACUGCGUCGUUAUCUGGAACAUGCCGUUCAUCGGCAGAGACUGGCGUUCACCAGGUGAAACUUGGGUGAAAACCAACGAAGGGUGGGAGAAAAAGAAGAUCUUGGAAUUUUACUGCUGUGCUGAAAAGGGCCUCACAGACCUUGAAGGUGGGCAGGCUGGACUAUGGAAAAUGCCAGAGGAAAAUGCUGAACAUGACAAAGGGAAAAACAUCAAUGACAACAGCUGUGAUGCCAAUGAGAAUGCAGUCUGUAUGGAACUGGAGAGCAGUCGCAAAUAUCUCCAGCAGCCCUUUUGCCAAAUUACUCUCAAGUGUACACGUGAGGUGGCGGGUUACAACACAAUAAGUGAAGCAUUCAGACGUUUGGAUUUUCAAAGCGGUAUCCGAGACAUCAGAAGGUUCAAUUAUAUUUGCAAGCUUUUGCACUUGCUGAUCACUGAGAAUUUGACUACAUUAAGUGGUUGUGCCACCAAGGUGCUGUUCACUAUGCUUGAAGAAGUGGCCUUUCAGGUUGCCAACAGCCAACAGAACAUUCAUGUGUUACAGCUUCUGCUUCAGGACAUGGAGCAGACGCUGCGCAAGUAUCAGUGCUGGGGUCGUCCUCUUGGAUCGACACAGUUGUGGGCACAGCACCAGCGCACUUUGCAGCGUAUUGUCAGCAUACGGAGAAGCAUACAGAUCAGGGGUCCACCUUCUGACUCUCCACAUCCACAAUUUCUACACUUGCCUCCAGAGUUACUCCGUGAGAUCUUGCUGAAGCUCACUGAUUACAGGGACUUGGUAAACAGUGGCAAGGCUUAUCCUGUGCUUCAGGAACUCAUUGAUGAAGAGUACAUCUGGCACCAGCUCUGCUUAUUCCACUUCAGCCCUGCACAGCUUGAGCACCAACUGAGCACUUUACUGAUGAACUCACCAAAACAAUCUUCGACAGUCGAAAAGAAGUCUGAAGUUGCACACUGGCACACAAUGUUCCGCAGACUGCAGCGAAAGCAUGGCCUGCGAGAGGAGUAUGCGGAUAGUCUUUUCCUCUGUCGGCACUGCAGGUGCCUCUUCUGGAAGUCAUUUGGCCACCCCUGCCUGAAGCUGGAUGAUGUGGAAAGAAGCAAGCCAGUUGGUGAAGAGAGAGGUCACCCUGUGCCCAUCUGCAUCCCGGUCACCCCUCAGGCGUUUCUCAAGUUUUUCUCGCUCUGAACUGAGUCACUCAAGUUUCCGACUUAUGAAGCACAACUGGAAAGGCAUGAUGAAAUGGAUGGAUGGAUUGGAUGCAUGGCAGGGACCACGUUUUUCUAAAAUGACCUGUCUACUACGAUGAACUCUGAAGACUGUCCCUCAGCAAGUAUAUUUACAAGUUAUACAUGUACAUAUACAUGUGACUGUGAAUAUGUACAUACAGUUGCACACUAUUUUGUUUUAAGUGUAGGAUCAUGAUUCCAAUCUUCCAUUUUGUUGUAAGCUGUUUUUAAUAUAUUGCAUCAAGCAUGUUGAUGUCACACAUGCACAGCAUUGCUUUGUUUCAAAGGACCAUUUUGUACAGGGUUUUUCAUGUGGACCCAAUCAACUUUUAGUCUCUACAGAACAGAACAUACAUACCGGUGUGAAAUCUUCCUGAAACGAAUUGAAAAGGAUUGUUGGAUGAUAUGUUUAUCUGUAUGAGCACCCGCUCUACUUUCUGCCAACAUCUUUGAAGAUUCCUUGUGGCAUGAAGCAUUGCUUAAACGUCUGGCACUGCCAGCCAUGAAAUAUUUUUUGUUGAAGGGACUGAUGUACGAAAGAGUAAGAAGGGAAGUUGCGUAAAUUACCACCUAGUUAUCAACGUGAAUGUUUGAAAUGCCCAGACAGGAAGAGUAGAAAAGCUGGUUAGAAGUACUGUUUAUGUCUGCUAACCUUUUUCACUAUGGGAUUGACUGGCGAUAGCAGAAGAGUCCCUGCUGCCCCAGGUCAUGAUUCCAUUGCUUCAACAAGGGGAAGUGGUUGGAUGCAGUGAGAUAGACUAAGGGCUCAUGGCAUGCAAUUUGUAGCCGGUCUUCAUGGUUAUUACAGUCGGAACUGAUGGUCGGGUCCCGGCAAAGCUGCGUGUAUUUCAACGGGGCAAAGUGCCCAGUAAUUCUAACAUAUGCUCCAGACUAAGCGUUGGCUCCGAAGCAUCGGCUGCGCGACGGCUGACGUGCUGCAUGCCCGUCAGGGACACCUUUAUUUUUUAAAUGUGAAUUUUACUCAUAACUUAUAAGUAGAGAUCAGAACCGAUUCGCGAAACAGUUCAGACAUAAUGUACGCUGUGAGAGAUUGGAACUGCGAUUUACACAGCAGAUUGAGCCGCAUUGUCAAACAAAUACGAAACCGAAACUGAACAAAACAAAAUUUCAACCCAAAUGCACAAGGUAUUUGGUAUUUCCUCCUCGCAGCUAUUCCGUUCAUUCAGUUGUGUUAGUUUUGAGAUCCGGCAGUGCUUGAUUUCACCAGCCGAAGUAACACCGAUCAUUCAUCGGGUACUUCGGACACCAAAUGUAAGUUGAAAUGACAUUCGAAACACAAUUGUGUUGGAGAUCGUGCUAUGGCAACUGAAAUUUUUUGCUAAAGGAGAAAAGGUAGUGUCUGACUGCUCGUUUUUCCAACGGGCCUGAGCCAACACUAAGCGUGCAAUUUAAUGUUAGAUGGCACAAUUUAAUAUACGAAUAUAUGUGGUCCGAAAGGACAAGAAGCGUCAUUGUUUGUGUUUUAUUUUUCUUCUUGCUUUUGGCAGUUGUAGGCUUCUUGUAUGCGAUUUUUGUCAGCCAGCAACCCGAAGUUUUUAUUUUACGGUGUGAAAAUACGUUCAGUCCCUCAGCAGGAUGUAACAGGGUGUAUACGAUAACUGAACAUACAGUAUGCUACCAUAACGUUGGACCUGAAAUGCAGAUCUGUAACAUGCAGCAUUGCAUUGAACCACUGCUGUGUCGACAACAGCACUAACAAAAGUAGAUUUGUAUUAUUUGAGAAUCGUAGGGAUGUGCUUGCUUUUUCUCAUGGUGAUCUGCUCCAAAUUAACUUUUCUGAACCGGUUCGAAAUGAUAUUUUGCACUGCUGCAGAGCUGAACUUGAACGGAACCAGAAAAAAUAACGGUUCCGAUCCCUGCUUAUAGGUAGGUAGGGUUCCGGGUAUUCGGAGUUUAUAUUUUGCAUAUUUAGAGGAUGUUUUUCAGAUGUUGUUAUGGUCUGAGGAUUCAGAGUUUUUCGUCUUUUAUUUAUCGUGUCUGUGUUAAUAUCCCAAGUUCAGGAGUCAUUCCAACCUUGUCAGCCUACUGUAACACAUGUCGCCCUCUGUCUGAAAUACGUGGUAGCCUCUCCUUCGGGGUAGUCUGAGGGUCAAGUGCCACAGUCAUAAUAAUGAGAGGACAUACAUGUGUUUGACUCUACUCAUGACACAAAUCUCGAUCAUUAUCGGAUAAGUGAAUUGUCAUAUUAACGGGGUGGAUUUACAUGGCGAUGAAACAGUUCCCAAGAAAACCGGUGAUAAAGUGAGCAUGUCGGAUUAACGGGGGUCAUGCUACGGUAUGCGCUCCCAACGCAUCAAGCCCUCAUUCAGAAUGGCUCCCUUUAGUUUGAACUCUGCUUUAUUCGAACAAAUCCUUGGUCCCCUUCAGGUUCAGAUUAAUAGGAUUGCACUCAAUGGGGUCACUAGGGUAUGCGUCAUCUGGUGUGAGACCUGUUUGCACCCACCCCCCCUCCAUUAACGGAUCCCUUUUCGCAGCAGGCGAUACACGAUAAAUACUGCACCACAUGCAUAAAAAGAAUCACAUGCUCGCAGAGGGCGCUUCACGUCUUUGGCGCCACUACGCUGCAGAGACGGGGAGGAGGCUGGUUAUAUUUCUCUCUAGUUAGUCUGCUACUGGUGAGAUGUCUGUACACCUGUGCACUGCAAGUGUUCUGUCACUCUGAAUUUUCACACCUUCGGAGCUUUUACUACAAAUAGAGCAGUGCUUUGGAGAUGUCUCCUUGUUUUAUGUUUUGGUGUGCAGUCUUCCUCUAUUCAUAUUUAGAAAUUUAGAAAUUUUUAACCUCCUUUUGCACUCAAUCUCCUGAUCUGAGUCUUGAGUUUGACUGGUGAUUCCUUAGUAAUCACUGGCCAUGAACUAUGACAUGUGACUUGUAUGUAUAGUGUGCAUGAUCAAUAGAAGUCCUAAGCGCAGCAAAAACAGGCCAGAAAAAGAUUAGCCAGCUGCAAAAGCCAUAUCAUACACAAAGAGCCAAAGUAUGAGCUCUCUCAUCUACUGUUCUACCUAUGUUCUACACUAAAAAAUUCAAACCUAUUGGUUUUUAGACAGCACUAGUGGCAAAAUGCUACAUAGCACUAGUGUGUUUUGAAAUUGAUUAUUUUGUACCUUUCGUUAUACAGUGAGCUUGAGAUAUGUGCACCUUGAAUAAAACUUGUCCAGUUUGUGGUGCACACCUAUCUCUACAAGCAGAGACACAAGAAACAGUGCUUGCAAGGUUGAGGUAUUUUGUGCAGCUACAACAGUGCAGCUCACGUGCAUAAGUUUGCAUGUGCACCAAGGCAGGGCUCAUGUAUGUGUGCUGCUCUGAUUUAUUUCAAAUGUUCAGCAAUGUGGUUUGUCCAAUGUCCAGUACAGAAGUUGUCGUUACGGUUGACAUGCUGGAUGGAUAGAUGUGGGUUAUGAUGGGAUGGCAAUUAAGGCCACCGUGAUAUAGAUAUUUGCUUCAUCAAUGACUGCUUUAAGUGCAUAAGCAAUGUAUACAUUGUAUUUAGUAUGUUCUCAAUUGCAAUCGACAGAGGGCCCGGGGUGUCAUGUACCGAACUCUGACACUACAAUAGUAUGUAGAGGUGUGUGUCUGGGCAAAAGUUGGGAAACGCACAUUGAUGUCGUAAAGGAGCCCCAAAGCAGACGCUUGUAGCCAUGGAGCUCGCUCUUGACCUUGUCGAUACAUUGAAAGCUCCAGCCACAUUUAUGAUGCACAAUUUAUGGCAUGUAAUGUGUGAUAUGAUAACAGUUAUGUUCUGUGUUAUCGAGCAACAUGCAUAACUGUGGUCACCCACUGUCAGGGAUGCAACAUAGUAUGUGCUAUCUCCUAGGCUACCUUGUGUUCUCCAUUGUCAUACACAAUGUUUCAUAAAAUAUGUUGCUAUGUUAUAUUUGAUACAUGUGUUAUAUUAUGUACUAUGUAUUAUAAAAUAUGUCCUGAGUAUAAGUUCAAGGUUGGAAGCCAUUUUUUGUGCUUGUGGAAUUGAACCUACAACUUGAUAGUAUUGUUUGUUGAGUGGAGUUAUACACCACCUGCCCUCUAAGGCACUGAUCUGAUUUAAUAUCAACCUUGGUAAAAAAAAGAAGUUAUUGAAUUGUAUGGUAAGUGCUCAAAUGCAAUCGACAGCACAAUUCUUUUUCACUACUUUUUGUGUAUUUGCAAAGUAACGAGGUUCCUGCAGGUUAUACCAGUACAGCCAGGUAAUAAUAAUAAGCAGCAUAUAAAUAACAUGCAGGAGGGUCGUAACAGGAGGAACAAGGGUGUACACCUUCUUAACCCAUCCGCUGCCAUAAUUCUCAAUUGCCUGUAAGUUUAAUAAUAGUGCCUAACUUUUUAACCCUUAUAGUAGUAGUCCAUCCUGCUAAGCUGAUACCACUGUCUAUAUCAUUCGUUGUAUGUUUUUUUUUCUUUCUUUUUUUCAAUGUGAUAUCUUCUUGUUUGGUUGUAUUUGAUGUUUUGUUUUACUGCCAUCAAAUUGGCAUUGGCUACUGUACAUUUGAGUGAACGUCUUUGUAGAUUACUGAGAUGACUGAAUUUUUGCCAGCUUACUGCGUGCAACGGCCAUAGUCUAUUUUUAUGAGAUAUGUAUUUGGCCAACGAAGCCAUGCACUAAUGUGCAUUUGUUUCUUCUGCAUACAGUGAAAACGUUCAUUAAUGUGGCAUGUAGCUCAGUAAGCAGUUUUGUUUCUUAGCAAAGUGUACUGCUGUCAUAUUGUGUUAGGGGAGUUAUGUUUCUGGUGCAUUCCAGCAGCACGUUGUCAGAGAAAGCAGUAAACAAAUAACUACUUUUGUGUUACGCAUUUAGCGUGUUACAUUCCCUUGAGCAUGGGACACUUGGAGAGAUGGCAUUAUAUAGGGCUUUUUAUAUACAGAAGCUAUGAGAGCAGCAUAGAUGUCGUUUUUUUUUUUUUUCAUUUCAGUUAUACAGCCAGGUGGGUAUCCUCUCGAAAGAGAGUAUGUAACUACGAAGGCGAGUCAAAUGAAAGUCAUAUUUUUUUUCCCCUGAUAAUAUUCAACAAACAAGGUAUACAAAGACAUAAUUUUUCUAUGUUGUCUCCAUGGUGUUCAAUAUAGGUCUUCCAGCGCUUUGGAAGUGCUGCGAUGCUUUUAGAAAAAGAAAGAAAGGCUGUGUGCGCAACCAAUCGUGCACUUCGUCGUCGGCAAAUGAAACACUUGCCUUCCAUUGCUACUUUGAGCAGUCCAAUGAUGUGGUAGUCACACGGGGCAUGGUUGGGGAAUAUGGCAGGAGUGGCAGACAUUCCAAGUGCAGCUUUUGAAUUUUUGAGACAGUUGAACACUUGGUAUGAAGAAGAGCAUUGUCGUGCUGCAACAGAACGUCCAUCUCAGCAGUCCAUGCUGUUUGGACUUGAUGGAAGGGUGAAGGUGGAAGAUCUGUGUAUGUUGCACUGGUCACACUGGUGCCAUCUCAUGGUGUAGUGCCACAAAAUCACACCAUUUGCAUCCCAAAAAGAGAGUAGGCAUUACCUUCCCCGCUGAUGGUUUAGUGUGGAAUAUUUUCGGGUUCAGUGACGUGAUAUGCCACCAUUCUUUGCUCGCUCUCUUUGUUUCUGGCUAGUGUUAGUGCACCCAGGUUUCAUCUUCUGUUACGAUUCUUCCCAGAGAGCCCUCGCCUUCUGCCUUGAAGUGUUGUAAUAGCGCUUGACAGGCAUCCACACGCCGUUUCUGCUGUCAGUUGGCAAGGCAUCUACCUUGCGGACACUCUGUGGAGCUGAAGGAGAUCGUAGACUAUGUGGUGUGCUGACCAACAGAGGUGGGCAAAUACCCUCACGAUCUUUGCCCUCACCUCAGUUUCUGUCACAGAUGUUUUUCCUCACCUCACCUCAUUUUUUGGGGAACUUCAUUCCUCACCUCACCUCAACUUCCCUUUUAAAAUUAUUUUCCUCCCCUCACCUCAGUUUGUUUCUGAAAAAUAUUCCUCACCUCAAGAUUUUUCAGAACACUUUUCCUCACCUCACCUCAUUUUUUUCUGAAAAAUUUUCCUCACCUCACCCUUUCUGAAGUAUCUUCCUCACCUCACCUCACCUCAACCUUCUUUCUAAAUUAUAUUCACUUGUUAUAAUUUUUGCCUCGUCGAGCCUACCUUAACCUGUUUCUGUAAAACGUUUUCACUUCGCAAUUGCUCUUUCGAUUAGGAGUGGCGUCGCUCAUAGCCACAGUUGCUUCGCGGCGCUAACACAGAAUAAAAAAACUAUUAGGAGCGGGUAGGUGUAUACGUUGUAGUUGGCUUUUUACUGCUUCAUUGGUUGAUUCCUGACAACAAGUUACAAGUACCCACAACUAAGAUUCAUUACCUUGGUUGGUUCGCCCUUCUUGAAACAAGUGUCCACUACAUGUACGAUCAGUAAAAAUUGGACGUAGGGUGCAUGGGUAGAGAAGUUGCACAAAGCGAGCAAUUUUGAACAUGAGAGAACUGUUGUUCUGGCUGGAAACAGGCUGGAACAACAUUGAAUUUUGAGUUUGUUUUUCAUGCUGGCAAGGCAGGAAUGGCUUUUAUAGAGUAUCGCUCAAGCGAGAAUGAUAAUGGAGAUGCGGAAGUUGUUUUCGGGAUGGUAUGCAGCUAUACUUCGAAUUACUUGUACAUUUUGCAUUUUUGUCUGUUAUGACUUUAUAUUAUCAAUCAAUAUUAUUUAAAUAGCAGACGUAUUCAUUUGUAGCCGGAAUUCGGGGACCUUUUCUUCAAGACCCUUGUUUUAAAGCAAUCAGGUACACGUGCUAUACAGAUUACUAUAGUGACUUAUGUGUUGACUCACUAAUUAAAUUACUUUAUGUAGACACAGACAUCUUGUGCCUUUUCACCUAACUUCAUUGCCGUACUAAAAGCUCAAUAUUUCAACUUGUGGCAAUAUGGAAUAUAUGCCAUUAUUUGCGCUUACUGCACUUAAAACCCGUGUUUUUGCUUCCAUUUCAUACAUCAGUCUCUGACAAGGUCAUUGGUUGUCAUGUACUAUAUCGUUCCAAAUAAUACGUGAAAGACAUCUGCUUACAGACUGACUAGUUUGGCUUUGUUGAAAUCUAAACACUCAAAGCAUACGGAACUAUAAUGACUUGUUCAUGUGUCUCACAUGAUGUAUGGGACUCAAAUGACUGGUUUGAUUGUAUUGAAAUCUAAGCUCAAUACAUAAAGCACACAUAAGCUAUAUUCACUUGUGCGUGUAUCUAACACGUGUAUCAUGUAUCUGACUCAACUGAAAGUCUGAAACUAACGCGCUUACAGCGAACACAUUUUGGUGUAGAGAGCCUAUGCUCACAGUACAAAAAAAUUUCUGCUACAUUGGUAAUAAAAGAAGCUGGCUCUCGGUGCCCUUUUAAGAGAUCGUGCAAUUGAAAAUAGCCGCUCCACAUGUCCUCAAUAUCCCUCUCAAAAAAGUUUUAUCACCUCACCUCAAUCUCAAUUUUGGAAUUUUUUCCUCACUCACCUCACCUCACCUCAACGUGCUUGUCAAAAAAUUUUCCUCACCUCACCUCAACCUCCCUCUCGAAACAUUUUCCUCACAUCACCUCAAUCUCUUUUGAGAAUUUUUCCUCACCUCACCUCACCUCAAUUUUUCUUUUAGAAAUGUUUAGGGUGAGGGCACCCUCACCCUCAUUUGCCCUCGUGAGGAAUGCUCACCUCUGCUGACCAAUGGCUCAUACCAAGACGUGUGCCUAUUUCAUCCACUUUUAUGCGGCGAUUUUCCUUCGCGAUAGUCUCAGCUGCUGCGCAAUGUGUUCUCUCCACUCGGCAUGCCUGACCUAGUUAUGGCGAACCGGUUACUGAAUGCUCCAUCUUGGAGCUUUCUCGUCCACUCAUAGACUUGUGACAGUGACAAACAUGCAGUACCGUACUGAAUACUCAUUCAUCGGUGAAUUUCAAUGGGUUUCAGCCCUUCACUGUGCAGGAAACGAAUGACAGUACGUUGCUCCUCUGCUCGUACACUUUUCCUCGUCGUUUCUACGUCGCACUGGCCCUGCACUGUCUUUUUCUGUCAAAUUUCAUGAGGUCCAAUUUAGGAAGUCGUACUGCCACAUGAUCCUGUGUCUGUGAGGUUUGGUUAGAUUGAGGAGCUUUCGGACAUUGCAGAAUUAUUCCAUCGGUAGUGGCGUUGGGUGUUCCGGCAAUCGUUGACGGAGCAUUCCUCAUUGCCGACAAGAACUCCUUUGUCUUGAACGUUAUGGUGCCAAUUCAGUUCUGAUAAUCUAUUUGUCUGGUGUAUUCAUCUUCGAACUCAUCCUCUGUGAGUAGUGUUUCUAUCUUGCUGUUUACAUCCAUACCCUCGUACAAGAUGACUACCUCAAAUUCAUAACUUAACUCUUCAAUUAGGGGAUUCUGGGCAUUUUUGUUGAAAGCCAUUCCAUUUUUAAAGAAUCCUAAAAUGCAAAUCCUGAAACACCUCUGAAAUUAGUCGUCUUGGUACAUACACUCUUCGAAAGGAUGCCCCCCUGGCCGUACAACUUGGCUGCAACUUGGCUGCAACGCUGCAAAAACUACAUGUAUGCUGCUGUCAUAGUUUUUUUAAUAUAAAAUCUGUCAGUGAAUUUAAAAAGAAGAAAUACUGUAGAGUACGGGCUUGUUUUUAUUUGUCGUGCUAAAACCACCACCUACAGAAAUUAAGCAGUUCUGUAUAAUUGUAGCUCUUCUGGUAUAUUAAACACACAUUGUGGGAGAAAAUAACUGGGAAUAGCAAUAUAGCGCAGGAAGUCUGGCACCAAUUAUGUAUUCUAUGACGUUUUGCGAUACAGGAAUGUAUGACAUCUAAGAGCACUGUACGGUUCAACAUAGUAAUGCCAACGGUAAUGUGCAUGCGACUAAAUUGUACAGUUGCCAGAUCAAAAUGCUCACAUAAAGACUCACUGAAACAGCCUUCCUCACAUUUGUGGCACAAGCUCUACCUUUAUUCCUUGUGAUUUCAAAUUGAGGGCUGUGACAAGCGGCAAUUUUUAAACAAGGUGAACAUAUAUGCUAAACCUGAGAUUAAACGUAAAGGGUUAUUAUGGAGUGAAUGUCUUGUCUAGACACCAACUGUAAGAAGGAACAGUGUAUGACUGAUUCACUUCCUCUUUGGCCGUGUUAUGCUCUAUGCUUCCAUCACUUCCCCUUUGUUGGGUGUAUUUUCACCUUACAGUGGCUCAUAAGAGCCACAAAAGUCAUUGUUGCCUGCAGUGAGAGAGUGUGGUUAACAAAAGGUCCAGCCAGAGCAAUUACACAGGUGAAUGUUACCUGGUCUGCAUGACAAACUCAUCCUGUCCUGUUCCUUGAUGCAUUGUAGGUUUUUAAAUAUGCCUCACCAUCUCCCAAAGUUUCCAGUCUUUCUUCUUGGUCAUGAGCUUCUCAUGUCCUGAUGUGAGGUAUUUGUGUCUUGGCUAUGCUAAGCAGCUUCAUGUGAGUAGGUUGUACAGAAUAGUUAAGUCCGUUCAUUAUUUUGUGAGAUUUUAUAUUUACAUAUGGCUACUGUACACUAUUUAUUUCAAAGUGCAAUGUUGACAUUUCUGAUGAAACAUUAGCAAAUUAACAUUAUUUAUCUUAAAUGUAGAUCUGUUUUCCUUUCAUUCAAUGAUGAAUGUAUGUGGUUGUAUAAUGUGCAUUGUGGCGCAGGACUUGCAUCUUUGGACAGCUCUCUGUAUGUUAUUUACUUGUUACAAUUUCUAGUUUUUCAAUUUUGAAUUCCUUUUUGGUAUAAUAUAAAGAGGAUAAAUGCAAAUUU